UGCUUGGCACUGCUCUCGCCCGGCAGGAACAUCGUCUGACGCUUUUCUUCAGCAACGGGAAUUUCUGUAAACAUGAACAGCUUGAAGUUUCUGCUGUCAUUGCCCAACAAUACAUUGAAGAUCAUUCGAUGCCAUAAAUUCACUUUCUCCCCAAAGAGGACCCUCUUUGUGUCGCCACAAAUCUCUCGCAUUUAUGGAGGUGAUGUGGUGCGUGUGGGCCAGCGCUCCAGCUCCACGGCGGCUCAGGCAGAGAAGGGUGAGGACUCUUUCCUCAAAUGGUUUCUCCUGCUCAUUCCUGCCACCACGUUUGGCCUCGGAACAUGGCAGGUGAAGCGCAGACAGUGGAAACUGCAGAUGAUAGAUGAUCUGAGAAGCCUGACCACAGCCGAGCCCAUCCCCCUGCCAUCUGAUCCUAUGGAGCUGAGAGAUUUGGAGUACAGGCGUGUGAGAGUGCGUGGACGCUUUGAUCACAGUCAGGAGCUUUACGUUCUGCCGCGAUCGCCCGUCGACCCAGAGAAAGAGGCUCGUGAGGCAGGCAGACUGUCCUCCAGCGGAGAGAGUGGAGCCAAUGUUAUAACCCCAUUCUACUGCACAGACCUGGGGAUCACGAUUCUAGUGAACAGGGGCUAUGUUCCCAAACAGAAGAUCAGACCAGAGACCAGGAUGAAAGGACAGGUGACUGAUGAGGUGGAUCUGGUUGGCAUUGUGCGGCUGACGGAGCAGAGGAAGCCGUUUGUGCCACAGAACAAUGUGGAGUCAAACCGCUGGCACUACCGUGACGUGGACACCAUGGCCAAGGUCACGGGGGCAGAGCCAAUCUUCAUCGACGCAGUCCUGGAGUGCACAGUACCAGGAGGACCAAUCGGAGGCCAGACGAGAGUGACGCUGCGUAACGAGCACAUGCAGUAUAUUAUCACAUGGUACGGGCUGUGUGCAGCCACCUCCUACAUGUGGUACGCAAAGUUCAUCAAACACAUUAAAUUAUAAAUCUCUCUCUCUCUCUCUCUCUUUCUCUCCCUGCCUUUCUUUUUUGUAAAUAGCCAUCACCUGGUAUGAAGUGGUUAUUGAUUAUAUUAAAAGUAACUGGGUA